AUGGCAGAUGAAGCGGGCUCACUCAACUGGCGCAUGAGCGCGCAUCCCAUCACCCUCCUCACAUAUCUAGGCUUCCGGAUAGGAAGUCUCCUGAUGUACCUAUUCGGGGUCCUCUUCAUCCGCAACUUCGUGCUGGUGUUCAUCCUGACGCUGCUCCUCCUCUCGAUCGACUUCUACUACCUGAAGAACAUCGCCGGGCGCCGGCUCGUCGGGCUGCGAUGGUGGAACGAAGUCAACACCUCGACGGGCGAGAGUCACUGGGUGUUCGAGUCCGCUCCGGAGGGCGCGAGAGCCGACAACAAGACCGACAAGCGGUUCUUCUGGCUGAGCAUGUACGUCACGCCGGCGCUGUGGAUUGGGCUGGCGAUCCUGGCUAUCGUGAGACUGCAGUAUUUGAUUUGGCUGGUUACGAUUGUCAUCGCCCUGGUUCUGACAAUCACAAACACCGUCGCCUUCUCGCGGUGUGACAAGUUCAGCCAGGCUUCGAGUUUCGCCGGAUCCAGCUUCCUCGGUGGCCGCCUCGCGAGCGGCCUUGCGAGCAACAUGGUCGGGCGUUUCUUCAAGUGA